GUAGCUUGUGACCACCGCCUCCACACCCCCAUGUACUUCUUCCUCCUCAACCUCGCCCUCCUUGACUUGGGCUCCAUCUCCACUUCUGUCCCCAAAGCCAUGGCCAAUGCCCUCUGGGACACAAGGGCCAUUUCCUACCCAGGAUGUGCUGUACAGGUCUUUUUGCUAGUCUUCUUGAUUUCAGCAGAAUUAUCUCUUCUCACCAUCAUGGCCUAUGACCGCUACGUUGCCAUCUGCCAGCCCCUGCACUACGGGAGCCUCCUGGGCAGCAGAGCUUGUGCCACCAUGGCAGCAGCUGCCUGGGGCAGUGGCUUUCUCCAUGCUGUGCUGCACACGGCCAAUACAUUUUCACUCCCUCUCUGCAAUGGCAAUUCCCUCAACCAGUUCUUCUGUGAAAUCCCCCAGAUCCUCAAGCUCUCCUGCUCAGACUCCUACCUCAGGGAAGUUCAAGUUCUUGUGCUUACUGCUUUUCUAUUUGGGAGUUGUUUUGUUUUCAUUGCUCUGUCCUAUGUGCAGAUCUUCAGGGCCGUGCUGAGGAUCCCCUCGCAGCAGGGACGGCAUAAAGCCUUUUCCACGUGCCUCCCUCACCUGGCUGUGGUCUCCCUCUUUAUGAGCACCAUCAUGUUUGCCCACCUGAAGCCCCCCUCCAUAUCCUCCCCAUCCCUGGACCUGGUGCUGGCAGUCCUGUAUGCAGUGGUGCCUCCAGCAGUGAAUCCCCUCAUCUACAGCAUGAGGAACCAGGAGCUCAAGAAUGCCAUAUGGAAACUGAUGACCAGGUGUUUUUCAUAACCAAUAAACAUUCUUGCCUCUCUUCUUCUGAAAACAACCGAAAACGUUACUCAUGAUAGGCCAUACCUGUCCUUUGUUCUUGUGUUGCUGUUACUUUCCACUAAUAUUCUGAGUAAUUUUGUUCACUUAGAAAUAAUAUUCUUCAUUUUGGUUUUCCAUUUAAACCAAAUAAAGUAACAUUUUUUCUUAUAUCCUUCCUCUGAGGCCUUUUCUGUGGCUGCAGGGACAGUGCCUGUGUGCAGAGGUGGAGGGGAAAAGAGUCGUGGCCCAGCAGUCCAGCCCGGGAGCACCAGCGCUGGGUCCAUGCAGAGCUGCUCUCCUGCCACUGCCACCCUCUCCUGCUGAGCCCUGCUGGCGGUGUAAGGCCUGGCUGCUCCUGUAGCUUGGUGCCAGUGUUGCUGUGUGGCCGUGCUGGGACCGUGGGCAGGGACAGGCAGGGGGCACUUGAGUGACACAGCAGGCCUCCAGAACAGCAUUUCCCUCCUAAAAGGGCCGUGCCUGAACGCUCACGUCAUCUUUUGGAGUUGCCGUCACAUCAGAACUUGCUCAAAGAGAGUCCCAAAUGCUCCCUGGACAUAGGACGUGCUGGGAGAAGAGCAGGGCCUGUCCAG